AUGGAAAUCGUUCUCAGUGUACUCACUCUUUUGAUACUUUCCGUCCCGAUUGCAUUGUGCGGCGGAAAGGUGAGCAGUUAAGACUUGUGUCAUUAAAUCAGCGAAAUGCUUGCAGAAACGGAAAAAUAAUGUGGAAGUACAGCCGCCACGUGAGUUACAAACAAUUUCAGAACGGAAAUGUAUACUUUUCAGCUAUGAAACCGAUGGCAGCGACGACGACGACAAUCGGAAACAUGAAGUCGGAGAAGAAGUCGGAGAAGAAGUCGGAAAUUAAGAAAGAGACGGAAGGCAAGAAAGAGGAGGGAAAAUCGGAGGAAAAGAAGGAGGAAAAGAAGGAGGAAAAGAAGGAGGAAAAGAAGGAGGAAACGAAGGAAAAGACGAAGGAGUCGAAGAAAUCGAAGAAGUCGGAGAAGAAAUCCGAAGAGAACAAGGUAAAAUCAAAGGAUGAGAAGAAGGAGAAGACAAAGACGGAAGAGAAGAAAUCGGAUGAAAAGAAAGAGGAAGAGAAGAAGGAGAAGACGAAGGAAAACGAAAAGGAAAAGGAGAAAUCAGUGACGAAAUUGGAGUCGGAGAAGGAUGAAAAACCGAAAAAAGAGGAAAAGAAAGAGAAGAAGGAGGAGGAGAAAGAAGAAAAGAAAGAAGAAAAGAAAGAAGAAAAGAAAGAAGAAAAGAAAGAAGAAAAGAAAGAAGAAAAGAAAGAAGAAAAGAAAGAAGAAAAGAAAGAAGAAAAGAAAGAAGAAAAGAAAGAAGAAAAGAAAGAAGAAAAGAAAGAAGAAAAGAAAGAAGAAGUGAAACAAGAGGAGGGAAAGAAGGAAACGAAGCCGAAGAGAGAGGCUCUCGUCGAGAAUCCGAUUGUGACCGAACAGUCCGACAUGAGAUCCAUGCAGGUGAGAAGCCACCUGAAACUGCUCCUUCCCUUAUUUUUCCCUUUUUCAGAAUGCUCCGGACGGCAAGGACAAGAAGUGA